CGACUGUCUCGCUACUAGCUGAUGGUCCUCAUCCCUACCAGCCGCUCCACGCACUCUCCGCCGCCCGCCCGCCCUCCCGUCCGCCGGCCCGUCUCCCACCUCGACCUCGAGCCGCCUGAGCCGCGCCCCGCCGAGGACGAGUGCGAGGUGGUCCCAGAGGAGCCGCUGCUCGUCUCACAGCUGCGCUGCGAGCUGCGCUGCUGGGAGCGCGGCGUGGGAUUCCGGCGGCGUCUCUUCGGGCGGCAGAUUCGCAACACCGUGCGCCGGCUCCCCGACUGGUUUGUCGCCCUCGCGAUCACGACGCACCUGCUGGUCGUCCCGGUUGCCAUCCGCGGCGUCGAGCUGCUGAAGCCGACGGUCGAGGUGCGGCUGGCGGACCGCGCGGUCCGCGACGUCCGGCAGAGCACCUUUGAGGCCAUCUGGGGGCUCGUCGAGGCGAUGCACUACUCCCCGACCUCGGCUUCGGGAGAUGAGAGGUGGGAGAGGUGGGGGGACCGGCUCGGGGAGGCGAUCGGCGGGGAGGAGCCUUCGAUGCGGUCGGCGGUGCGGUCGGAGGUUGCCUUCGGCUCGCUCGCCUCGAGGCUCCUCACCGCGCUCGACGACCCGUAUUCGCUCUACGCCGGCCCCGACACGCUCGCCGCGCUACCGCCCGCACUGCCCGCUCGAAGCAGCGCUUCGCUGCCCGCGGGGCUGUCGGUGCGCGCCUCGGGCAGCGAGCUGCGGCUGCUGCGAGAGCGGGACGCCGCCGCCUCCUCCUCCUCCUCCUCCUCCUCCGCCUCCUCCGCCUCCUCCGCCUCCUCCUCGAGUGCCGAGUGGGUCUCUCUGCGCCACCCGUCAGCCGGCGAGGAGGCGGGGGAGGAGGCGGCGGCGGGGCGCGUGGGCUACGUCAGGAUCGGCCAGUUCACAGAGCGAGGCACCGCCGAGCUCACCGCCGAGUUGCAGCGCUUGCGAUCGUCGGGGGCCGACCGCCUCGUCCUCGACUUGCGCAACAAUCCCGGCGGGCAAGUCACCGAGGCGCUCGCGCAGGCGUCGCUGCUGCUGCUCGACUCGGACGCGGGCGCCGACGCGACGGUCGCGUACACAGUCGACGCGGCCGGUCGCGUCGAGAGGCACACCGCGGGCGCCAUCCUGCACGCUGCCGCCAACGACGCCGCCGCAGACGGGCGCGCGAUUGCUGACGGGCGCGCGGCUGCCGACGCGGCUGCCGACGCGGCUGCCGACGCGGCUGCCGACGCGGCGGGCGACCGCGGCGGUGCGGUGGGCGACGCGGAGGCGACCCUGUUUGGGGCGCCACUCGUCGUGUUGAUUGACCGCGGGACAGCGAGCGCGGCGGAGCUCUUCGCCGCAGCGCUGCAUGACAACGGGCGCGGCGUGCUCGUUGGGGAGCACACCUUCGGCAAGGGGCUCAUCCAGCGCGUCUUUCCGAUGCCAAACGGCGGCGCGCUCAAGCUGACCGUCGGCGAGUACAUGCGCCCCACUCUGGCGCCGAUCGAGCCGGGCGUGGGACUCGAGCCCGACCUGCCCUGCCUCGACACCCCACGCGGCGCCGCGGAGCCGGUCGAUGCUUGCGUUGAUAUGGCGGUGAGCGUGGUUCGGGGACGCGCCCUAAAGGCGGUGCGGCCGCUGGCGAGGCUCCCGCUGCUCAGGACGGUGCGGCCGCUCGCCGAGUAG